UCAAGUCCAGCCUCUAUAAACCCCCAGCUCUGAUCCCUGCAACUUAGCAAGCAGCCAUGGCUACUGGUCACCUUCUCCUUCUUCUGGCAAUCCUCCCCUUCUUCCUCACUAAGGUUUCGUCUGAUCUCAAGCCCGAGGACAAUUCACAUAACACCAUCCAGGGUGGAUUGAUGAGAGGACCAACCAGAAGGCUCAUGCAAGAAAUUGACUGUGGGGGAUUGUGCAAGCAAAGGUGCAGCCUGCACUCGAGGCCAAACGUGUGCAGGAGGGCGUGCGGCACGUGCUGCCUGAGAUGCAAGUGCGUGCCACCUGGGACUUCCGGCAAUCAAGAAGCGUGUGGCACGUGCUACACCGGAAUGACCACCCAUGGCAACCGGACCAAGUGCCCAUGAGAAGACUCAACAAGGGUAAAUGAGUCAUUUCACCUUGUCGAUCCCCAUCCAAGGUUGUUGGAUCGGUUCAUCUAUCGAUGUCUUUUAUUUCUAUUAAUAAUUUUGUAUAUGUAUCAAUGAACUUUUUUCAAAAAUAAAUUUUAUGUUUGUGUCAUUUUCUUUUA